GGAGGCCAUAAUUGAGAUACAUUGUCUAUAAAUAUUUGUAAGUGUGCCAAGCCUUUGAACACAUAUAUAAAACUAAUUGAGGAGUAUUUUGCACAGAAUAAUACAGUAGCAACUAUGGAAGUAGUGCAAGUUCUUCACAUGAAGGGAGGCUUGGGAGACACAAGUUAUGCUAACAACUCUUUUGUCCAGAGAAAAGUGAUAUCAAUGACCAAGCCAAUAAUUGAAGAAGCUAUAACUGAACUAUACAUUGAAAUGGUCCCCAAGUGCAUGUGCAUAGUUGACUUGGGCUGCUCGUCCGGACCGAACACUUUCUUUGUGACGAGUGAGCUCGUGAAAACCGUGGAAGAAUUACGCCGGAAAAUUGGCCACCAACAGUCACCGGAAUUCCACAUAUGUCUCAAUGACCUUCCCGGAAAUGAUUUCAACUCGAUUUUUCAAUCGCUACUGCCCGAUUUCCAGGCAGAACUAAGACGGGAAAUGGGACCCGAGCUUGGAAAUUUCUUUGUGUCGGGAGUUCCAGGAUCGUUUUACGGCAGACUUUUGCCCUCUAAGAGUGUUCAUUUUAUUCAUUCUUCCUACAGUCUCAUGUGGCUCUCUAAGGUUCCUGAAGGCGUGGAAAUGAACAAAUCGAACAUUUACGUGGCAAGCAAUAGCCCGCAAAAUGUGAUUAAUGCAUACUAUGAUCAAUUUCAAAGAGAUUUUUCGACUUUUCUCAAAUGCCGGUCGAAGGAGGUUGUGGCCGACGGGAAAAUGGUAUUGACCAUUUUGGGCAGAAAAAGUGAUGUUACUUCUAUUAAGGACAGUGGCUACAUUUGGGAGCUUAUGGCUAUAGCACUACAAGAAAUGGUUUAUGAGGGACUCAUUGAAGAAGAGAAAUUGCAUUCCUUCCACAUCCCUCAAUAUACACCAUCGGCCAAAGAGGUCGCAAUAUUAGUUGAAAAGGAGGGGUCGUUCACAAUCAACCGUCUUGAGGUCUCGGAAAUCACUUGGGCCGCUUGUGGGGAGAACUUUUGUUCGUCGGAUUCAAGCCAAUCGGGUGCAGAUGGGUACAAUGUGGCUCGGUGCAUGAGGUCCGUGGCCGAACCCUUGCUGGUGGAACAUUUUGGUGAUGCGGUGAUCGAUCGGUUGUUCAAUAAAUAUGAGGCGAUAUUAUGCGACCGCAUGUCGAAAGAAGACACUAAGUUCAUCAACGUCAGUGUUUGCAUGACCUGCAUGAAAGAGUGACUAAUUUGGUACUAGGAAAAUUGGAAGAAAAAUUUGGCCACAUAUGGCUUCUUGUGGUUCAUUUACUAGGAUAGUACAAUUAAUAAUCUCGGACAAUUAAUAAUGUGUCCGCCUGUUUGUUGAUUUACGUCUCCCAUUUGUACUAUGUAAUGUUGUAUGUUUGAUAAUUUAUUUCCCAUGAAACUCAAGUGUCGCGCGGUAUAAGUAUGC